UGCCACACGUCAGUUAUUGCACACACACAGAGUGGCAGUGUUUUAUUUUCAAAAAUGUAAUCACUCUGAUAAUAAAUUGAUGAGUUCGAAUCUGUUCGAAGCCGCAAUCCAACAAUUCCCACAAAAAUUCAUUCCAUUUUGAUUUGAAAUUUGAAGUUGUAAAGAAAAAAAGUGAAGAAUGGCGGCGUGCUUGAGAUCUCUGUUGCUUUACUCAUGCAUGACAGUAGCAUUUGUUGCGUUUGCAUUUGGAGAAGAAACCCUUUUCCCCACUUCAGGCGAUGAGAGAAGUGGAAAUGGAAACAAUGGAAUGGUGGUAUCUUUGGUUAGGAGAGAAAGAUGGAGAUUUCUUGCAGAUAAUUCGAGUGAUGAGCAAGUUAACAACACAACUCUGAUUUUGGCUUCUAAGAGAACACAGAGGAAAGACCCUUUUGAUGAUUUCCACAAAUACAGAGGAGGCUGGAACAUCAGUAAUCGCCAUUACUGGGCUUCUGUGGCUUACACUGCUGUGCCCUUCUUUGUUGUUGGUGCAAUCUGGUUUGUCAUCUUUGGGCUUUGCUUGAUCAUCACAUGCCUCUACUUCUGCUGCUGCCAGAAGGUGCCAUAUGGCUAUUCUCGCCUUGCUUAUGCCCUCUCUCUCAUUCUGCUCACCUUCUUCACCAUUGCUGCAAUCAUUGGAUGUGUCAUCUUGUACACUGGCCAAGGCAAAUAUCACAGUAGCACUAUCAACACUUUGGAAUACGUCGUCUAUCAGGCGGAUACCACGUCCGAGAGUCUUAGAAACGUGUCGGGAUAUCUAGCUGCAGCCAAGCAAAUCAAUGUGGAUCAAGUGAUUCUGCCCUCUAACGUCCAAGGCGACAUUGAUAAGAUCCAAACCAAGAUAAACUCUUCGGCCACAACCCUCUCGAGUAAGACCGAGGACAAUUCACAGAAGAUCAAGGAUGCUAUUCAAUCAGUGAGAUUGGCUCUCAUCAUACUCUCUGCCGUAAUGCUUCUUCUAACGUUUCUUGGAUUUGUGUUUUCAAUCUUCGGCAUGCAAGUUCUUGUUUACCUAUUGGUGAUCACAGGAUGGAUUCUUGUAACCGGGACAUUUAUACUAUGUGGGAUCUUCCUUCUUCUACACAAUGUCACGGGUGAUACCUGCGUAGCAAUGAACCAGUGGGUCCAGAACCCGACUGCUCAUACAGCUCUUGACGAUAUCCUUCCUUGUGUGGACAACGCGACCGCCCAAGAGACCUUGACCAAAAGCAAGGAAGUAACAUCACAGCUAGUCACUUUGAUGAACACGGUCAUCACCAACGUCUCCAACGCCAACAACAUCCCCAACUUCCUCCCGUUCUACUUCAACCAAUCAGGUCCCCUCGUGCCAAACGUGUGCAAUCCGUUCAAUCCCGACCUGAGCAGCCGAGCUUGUGCACCCGGUGAGACGGACCUCGACAAUGCCACACAGGUGUUGGGCGGCUACGUCUGCCAAACGUCAUCAAACGGCAUAUGCACGACAACAGGCCGAUUGACGCCAGCCAUUUACAACCAGAUGGCUGCUGGUGUGAAUGUGAGCUAUGGCUUGUAUAAGUAUGGUCCAGUCUUGGUUACUGUUCAAGACUGUACUUUUGUGAGAGAUACGUUCUCGGCCAUAGUGAACGAUCACUGUCCCGGGCUGCGCAAGUACAGCCAGUGGAUCUAUGUGGGGCUUGUGAUGGUCGCGCUCGCGGUGAUGCUGUCUCUGCUCUUUUGGGUCAUAUACGGGAGGGAGAGGCGCCACCGCGUGUAUACCAAGGCGCACACGCCUCGGGGUGCACCGGAUUUCGGUGAAGACAAGCAUGCUUAGAAUUUGAGAUUGGUGCUUCAUUUGUAGCAUAACUGGGUAUGUUUGCAUUGUUGUUGUACAAUGUAGAUAGUUAGUUUGUGCCUUUGUGGUGUGUGACUGGUGAGACGUAAAUAUAUAGUUUUAUUAUUAUCAUGGAAUUUUUUUAUUUGA